UCCUCCCCCUCGCACCUCCAGCUUCCACGCGCCUUCCCGCAGCUUCGGCCCCGCCCCGGGCUAUCCCGAGGGGCUGCCCAUACGCGGACUUCUCUCGGGGGACGCAAAUCAAGCAGCGAGAGAGAGAGAGGCGCCAGCGCCGCGCCGCCGCACCGUCGGGGGAACUCACUCGACGCUGAGGGAAAGUGGCAAGAGGAGGAGGAGCCGUCGCGCCUGGUCCGUGAAUGGUGACAGCGGGUCUGUCAGGGACGGAGCUGCGGACCGCGCAACCUGUGGCACUGAGAAGGCGAGAGAGAGAGGAGGACCCGAGAGGGAGAGCGCGCGCCAGAGAGUUGAGGGGAAAGCGCGCCGUGAGGCAUGAAGGAGCCCGCGCGCCCCGGCUCCGGGUGUCUCGCGCUGUUGUUUCUCGCUGCCCUGCUGAGCGCUUCGCAGGGGCAGCAGGAGGACCGCCUCCCCAUUGCUGUGGCUGCAAAGAAUUGUGUCUGCAAUGGUAAAAGCCACUGUUCUUGUGAUGCGAUCAAAGGCAGUAAGGGUGAAAAGGGCUUUCCUGGUUUCCCUGGUCCACCUGGUCAGAUGGGUUUUCCUGGUCCAGAGGGUCCUCCUGGGCCACAAGGACCAAAGGGUUUUCCAGGGCCAGCGGGCUUUGUUGGGCCUAAAGGUUCAAGGGGUUUGCCAGGAGUCCCUGGUUAUUCAGGUCCCCCAGGCCUUCCUGGCGAAGCAGGAAAUGCAGGUGCUCCAGGACGUCCAGGUAUACCAGGUUGCAAUGGGACAAAGGGCGAGCAGGGAUUCCCAGGAUUCCCGGGGCAAGGAGGGCUCCCAGGAUUACCAGGUCCUAAAGGAAUCAAAGGAGAAAAAGGAUGUUCCGCAAGUGGGUAUGACCAGGGUUAUAGUUCCCAAGGUGAUCCUGGAUUGCCAGGAAUGCCUGGAUUUCAGGGUGAUCCAGGACCUCGAGGAUUACCAGGGCUGAUAGGGCCAGAGGGCCCUCCAGGCUUUCCGGGAGCACUAGGAAGACCAGGACUUCCAGGGCCAAAGGGUCUUAUGGGUGUUAAAGUCAUUGGUGCCAAAGGAUUAAAGGGUGACAAUGGACUAAUGGGCCCUCCAGGACCAACUGGAACAGUUAUUGUUACCCUAACUGGAGCAGAAAAUAUGACGGAAUUAAAAGGAAAUAAAGGAGAUAUUGGUUCUCCAGGACCCCCUGGACCACCUGGAGAUUCAGGCUCACCUGGUGAUUUUCGAAGUGCAAAAGGAGAUCCCGGAGAGGCAGGACCUCAGGGUAGACCUGGAAAGGAUGGAACUCCUGGUCCACCUGGCUUGCUGGGAGAAAAAGGAGAACAGGGUUUGCCAGGAAGACCUGGGAAAGUUGGUCCCAAGGGACAGAAAGGUGAAAUCGGCAGCAAAGGAAUUCGGGGUCCAACAGAGUAUUAUGAUGAAUUGCCAGGUGAAAAAGGAAACCAGGGCUAUCCAGGACUCCCAGGACUCAAAGGCCAGUUUGGAGCACCCGGACCACGGGGUCCCCCAGGUGCCACUGGAAGGCCAGGUGUUUCGAGACCUGGUCCAAGAGGUCUAACAGGCCCUCCAGGCCUCAAAGGAAGUAAAGGAGAUAGAGGACAACCUGGCAUGAAUGCCAUUGGACCCCCAGGACUUCCUGGAUUGCAAGGAAGACCUGGCCCAGCAGGAUCCCCAGGUCUUUCAGGACCACCAGGUAUAAUAACUUUUGAAAGAGGCCCACUGGGACCCCCAGGAACCCCAGGAUGCAUUGGACCUCCAGGCCUUUCAGGAGAUAGUGGAGCAAAAGGUGAAGAAGCAGGCCCAUGUGACCAGUGCACCUUUUUGACGGGGCCACCUGGCCUUCCUGGUGUUCCUGGAGCACAGGGUGAACAAGGAGUUAAAGGUAUAGAAGGAGCAUUGGGGCCUAAAGGAUCCCAAGGAACCCCUGGGAUUCAGGGGCCUCCCGGCAUUCAGGGACUUCCAGGUCUUCCAGGAAACCAAGGCCUUAAAGGAUUGAAAGGUGAGCCAGGGUAUGCAGAACCAGAAGGCCCAAAAGGAGACAGAGGAGAACCAGGACAAAGAGGAAGCUCAGGAGAAAAUGGUGCAGACGGGCUACCUGGGAAACCUGGACUGAAAGGCUCAAGAGGUUCUGUGGGAGAACCGGGACCUGAUGGCACAAAAGGAGACAGAGGUGCACCAGGAUCAGUUGGUAUCUCAGGUCUUCCUGGAGAGAGAGGGCUACCCGGACCACCAGGAUAUGGACCACCAGGAGUGGAAGGGUCUAAGGGAUCUCAAGGAAAUCCUGGUUUGCCUGGGUUGGUUGGAGAAGCAGGUCCUAAAGGUGAGCCUGGUCAAGUAAAUGCAAUUCCUGGACCUCCUGGACUUCGAGGGCCAGAUGGUAGGCCUGGACCACAAGGAGAAAGAGGUAGUGUUGGAUCCAGAGGGCCACGUGGAUAUCCAGGCCUCCCAGGACCAGAAGGUGACCCUGGCUUUUCAGAAUAUGGAUUUCCUGGCUAUCCUGGCAUUAAAGGAGAUAAAGGGUCUCCAGGACCCACAGGGCCACCAGGCUGUCCCGGACAAUUAGGGGAACCAGGCUUACCUGGAAAACCUGGAAUUCCUGGAGAAAAGGGUGAACCAGGCCCAGUUAUACCUGGACAACAAGGCAGACUGGGUUCACCAGGAGUAGAUGGCAUGCCAGGUGAGAAGGGCGAAAGAGGAUUUCCAGGACUUCCAGGGCUCCAAGGUCAACGAGGUCGUGAUGGUGCUGAUGGGCCAAGAGGAGAACCUGGGUCCCCUGGAGUUCCAGGAGAAAAGGGUGUUCCAGGAAAAAUAGGUGACUGUCUUAUUGGCUUACCAGGCCCACCAGGUCUAUGUGGAUUAAUGGGCCCCCCAGGAAAACGUGGAGUUCUAGGAGCCAAAGGAGACCCAGGUUUUCCAGGAUUAGACAUCCCGGGGUUCCCAGGACCAUUUGGGCUGCCUGGAUUACCUGGCCCACAAGGAGAUGAAGGAUCUCCUGGCAUCAAGGGACAACCUGGCAGGCCAGGAGUACCAGGUGUACCAGGUCUAAGAGGAGAAAUAGGCUUGAUGGGCACUGUGGGUAAUCCCGGGCUACCUGGUGUCUUUGGAAAUCCAGGUAUCCGUGGCAGCAGGGGUUCUCCUGGCUUCCCAGGACCAAAAGGAAGAAAGGGAUCCUCAGGUGAAAAAGGUGAACCAGGUGAUAAAGGUUCUCCUGGAACAUCAGAGUCCAAAGUGAGUUUUGGAGAUAAAGGAGACAGAGGACCUAAAGGAUUUCCUGGGAGACUGGGACUCAAGGGAGAAAAGGGAGAGCAAGGUCUGAAAGGAUGCAUAGGACCUGAUGGACUACCAGGAAGGCCAGGCCCACCAGGUUCCAAAGGAGACAAGGGACUUCCAGGAAUUCUUGGUGGACAGGGAUCGACAGGAGCUCCAGGAGACAGAGGGGACAUGGGAGUGCCAGGUUCUAAAGGCGAACGAGGUUCUUCUGGUUUGCCUGGGUCACCAGGAAUACCAGGGCCACCUGGCUUGCUUGGUAUUCCAGGGGAUAAAGGAGAACCAGCCUGUCCUGGAUCUGGACCUCCUGGGGACCCAGGACCUGAGGGUGAUCCAGGUCCCCCAGGAGAAAGAGGAAGAAAAGGUGAAAGUGGAUCACCAGGCCGGCCAGGGCUUGUCGGAGAACCUGGACUACCUGGAAACAGAGGGGAAUCUGGUUUACCAGGAAUUCCAGGACAAUCAGGACCUACUGGCAGUAAUGGUAUUAAAGGCACUAAAGGAUUACCAGGACAAAAUGGCAUCAGAGGCUCUCCAGGUUCACCUGGGUUACUGGGUGAUGAUGGACCACCUGGUGAGAAGGGUAGCCAAGGACAGGAUGGUAUCCCUGGACCCCCAGGAGAGAAGGGAGCACAAGGUUCUCCAGGACAGCAAAUUCCUGGUCCUCCAGGCAUUCCUGGUCCUAAAGGUGUCAAAGGAGACAUUGGGGUGCCUGGUAUACCAGGGCCACCAGGUAUGAAAGGUAGUAUGGGAGACCAGGGACCAAUUGGACCUCCAGGCUUACCUGGACAACCAGGACUUCCCGGGAAACCAGGUGCAAUAAUUGCUGGCCAAAAAGGAAACAGAGGCCCCCCUGGUCCUGAUGGAAAACCAGGUGUUCCUGGUAUUCCAGGACCUGCUGGACUCCCUAGCUAUAGUAUUAAAGGAAAUAAAGGUGUUCGAGGAAAUGAUGGCUUACCAGGCCCGCCAGGAACUAGAGGUGACCUUGGUCUACCUGGGCCAGCAGGAACUGAAGGCAUCCCUGGCUAUCAAGGUCCUAGAGGUGAACCUGGUUCCGGAUUCCCAGGCAUCAAAGGAGAAAUGGGUAAUCAAGGGCCACCUGGGCAAAUAGGAGUACCAGGACCUGCAGGGUCAAAGGGACCACCUGGUCCGCCUGGAGCACCCGUGGCUGCUGUCUCUUUCCCAGGAAACCCAGGACCUGCUGGACCUCCAGGAAACCUAGGAAGCCCAGGAGAUCCAGGUCCCAGAGGACCACCAGGGCCGCCAGGACCUCCAGGUGUAAAGGGCCAGCUAGGUCGUCUUGGGAUACCUGGCAUACCUGGGCCACCUGGACUAAAAGGAGACAAGGGCUUUCAAGGCCCGAAAGGUUUGCCUGGAAUGCUUGGGUUUCCUGGUGAGAAGGGACUCCCAGGAUUCCCAGGAAGUUGCUUAACGGGCCCAGUCAAAAGGGGCUUCAUCUUUUCUCGGCACAGCCAGUCAACAGAGAUUCCGUCAUGUCCAUCUGGGACAUCUCAAAUCUAUAGUGGUUAUUCUCUCCUUUUUGUACAAGGGAACGAGCAAGCACAUGGGCAAGAUCUUGGUUCAGCCGGUAGCUGCCUUCAGAGAUUUACUACCAUGCCUUUUUUAUUAUGUAAUCCCAGUAACGUUUGCCGAUUUGCUUCCCGCAAUGACUAUUCAUACUGGCUGUCAACGGCAGAGCCUAUGCCAUUAGAUAUGGCACCAAUUUCUGGGAAAGCUUUGGAGCCUUAUAUUAGCAGAUGCACUGUCUGCGAAGUCCCUGCAGUGAUGAUAGCAGUUCACAGCCAAACCACUUCAGUUCCACCAUGUCCUCAAGGCUGGCAGUCUGUUUGGAAAGGGUAUUCUUUUGUUAUGUACACAGGUGCAGGCUCAGAAGCUUCUGGACAAGCGCUGGCAUCUCCAGGAUCAUGCUUGGAAAAAUUUCACGCCAUUCCAUUUAUUGAAUGCCAUGGCCGAGGGACAUGCAAUUAUUACUCAAACUCCUACAGCUUCUGGCUGGCUUCAAUAAAUCCAAGAAGAAUGUUCAGGAAACCAUUGUCGCAGACUCUGAAAGCUGGAGAAAUGGAAAAAAUCAUAAGUCGCUGCCAAGUCUGCAUGAGGAGACCCAGCUAAACAGAACUGUCAUUAGAGAACGAAGCUCCAGUUUUGUGUCGCCAAACUAAAAUAAACCAAAAAGGUUUUGUGAGCUUGUAAUAUGGUGUUUUAAAAGCUGCAGAGACGAGAACGCACUCCACAAAGCAGUGGGAACAGAAGUGCAGGGGAAACGUAGCUUCUGGACCAAGCAUGCCACUCAUUUGUAUGUUGGAUAGAGUUGCACACUGCGCUGCUUUAGUGUAACUGUUGGAAUCUUCUCAAUCUCCUCUCCCCUUUACAAAGAGAACAGUAGCCCCCUGCCUGACCAGAUAUGUGACCCUGCUCUCCAGGGUGAACCAGCAUACAGCAGCACUCUUACUGAAGGUAGCUAGCUGAUAAUAAAGCACAAGUGACCCAGGCAUCAUUCUCUGUGUUAGUUUAUUCCAGCAGUUACAGUAUGACACAAGGCCGGACUCAACUGAGUUGUGCUGGUGGGAGCCAGUGCGACAAGUCCUGCUAGGGCAAUAGGACUUCCCCACUCUCUUCUUCCCUGGAUAGCUCUGUUGGUUAGAGUGUGGGGCUGAUAACGCCAAAGUUGCAGGUUUGAUCCCCGUAUGGGACAGCUGCAUAUUCCUGCAUUGCAGAGGGUUCGACUAGAUGAUCAUCAGGGUCCCUUCCAGCUCUACAAUUCUAUGAAUCUUCCCUUGCAAGCAUCUGCUCGGGUCAGGAGAACCCCCGGAAUGGGUCGCAGGGGAGGAGAGGGAAGAUCAUUCCACCUAGCAGGCAAGAAUAUUUGUGCUUACAGAAUUCCACUCACAGAGUGCAACUAUCCAAAAUGCACAUUAAUGCCAUAUGCUGGGUUCAGAUACUGUGCCUUCCCUCCACUUUUAGUUUCUAACACUAGGUGGCGUGUGUUCUUUUUCUCUACAGUUUCACAGGUGCCUUAACUAAAGCCAAACUGUAUUUGCACAGUAAACUUGAAGAUACCAAUGCGGUACUAUAAUGAAAUUUGAAAUAGUGCAAUAUUUUAGCUUUUGUUUCUAGUAAAAUGCAAAGCACUUUCUUGGAGUAAAUUGUUUGUGUUGGCAGUACUCAAAGGUUGUCACCUUCUGAACUCUGCCAACUCCUGGGUCCGUAUAAAUCUGAAUUAGAGCGUCUUUUUAAUCUAGAAAAGGACAGCUCAAGCUGCCUUUCUUGUGCUUUUCUACCUGCAAAAUGGAGCAAUCAGGGUAGUGUUGGUUUACAUAAGUGUUGCCAAAGCAGAUAUUAUUUAAGUUUGAAACUCUGAAGCAACAAGCAAUUAAGUGGGAGGGGGCUGCAUGAAACUUUCGAAAGUUCAUCAAAUGAAUUAUAAUUCUCCAGUCGCCCUUCCUUUGGCAAAGAAAGAGAAUUUUAACAUAUUCAUAGCAGUGCAAUAGAAAUUUACAAGAUGAACUUGUAGGUAAGUUACCCUCUAAAUACCUCUGUGAUACAUUUGCAUAUUUAUUGGAUCCUACUAACUUCAGUUAGUAUUUUGGCCUAAAAAUGCAAAUCUUAUGUGAUUUAUGCUGCCUUUGGAUUGGUUCCAGAUUAAGCUAGCUAUGCUUUGAUCCCAUUGAAAUAAAAGGGAUAAGAGAAGCAUGAGUACCUUAAAUCCUUUUGGGACUAAGGUAUGACUAACCUAAUACGGCUCCAGCCUGAGGCUACUGAGGCAGAACUGACAAACUAUAAAUGGUCACUUUCCUGAUAACCCUUAACAAGAAUAAUCAACCAGAAACUGAAAUGGAAGAAAAUUGGUUUUCAUUCAGCCUGUAUAUGUAGCACAAAUGAUCAGUAUACAGUAUUGUACUAUGUGUUGAAACUGUGCUUGUAAUUUUUAUUUUUAUUUUGAGGCUGAAUAGGCUUAUUCAGAAUGAGGCUGGAGUAUGAUGUCAAAAAUGUGCACCAAAUUUAAAUGGGAUCUCCCAUAAGAAUAUUUUGUAUGGUACUUUAUGUAUGGUACUUUUUUGUAUGGUACUUUAGCCACUGCAAUAAAUGCAAAACCUCUCCUUUUUGUCUCUAUUAUAAGGUAUCAGGUAGUAUCUGCACAUUUAAUUUGUUCUAAACUGUUUUAUUGUUUGUAUUUUACAUUGUUGUGACCCACCGUGGGGCCUUAUGGUGAAGGGUGGGUAAUAAAUCUAAUAAUGAUAACUUUUCUGGACAUCAAUGGUGGUUGAAAACAUCAGCCAAAUUUAAUCAGAGUCCAUCCAGUGAAACCCAAGCAGCUAAAGGUAAUAGCUUUUCAGCAAAUUCAAGUGGUACUGUCUGGGGGAAGGUUUAUAUAGAACCUGUGAUUUAAGUAAACCAACUCUGCAACCCUAUGCAUUUACUCAGAAGUCACACUUUGUUCAAUGAGCUUUCAGAGCAAACUUAUAUGUGUCUAUUCAGAUGAAAGCCUCAUUGAGUUCAAUGGGAUUUGUUCCCAGGUAAAGUGAGUAUAGGAGUGCAAAUUUAGGUACAUCAUUCUGAUCCAGCAAAAGGAGACUUCCAUGCACAGCUAAUGCAGAUGUGCAUCUGGAUCUAAAAACUCGUGACAAGGUACAUCCAAUUCCUGUUGAACUUGAUGAUGGGGGCUGCACAGGCAAUCUCAGCUUAGGGCCACUAAUUGUGUUAGUGUGCAACAAAGCACAGCUGGAAUUGGAUCAGGGUCUUUAUAUAUUAUUAUAAUUUAUGUACGUUUUUUGUAUAAAAGUGUAGUUCUGAAUGUUUUGUAUUUAUAACAUUGCACUUGAAAGAAUUACGGAAAAUAUUAACGUUAACAUUAAGGUUGCUCAAUGCUUUUGCACAAGUAUCAGCAUUGCAAUAUUUAACAAUAAUAAUCUUAUCUCAUUAAUCUACAUACUUGUGUAAAUGUAUAAUUCUAAAUAAAGGAUUUAGAGAUCUACAAGUGUGCCAUUUCCCCCUCAUUACUAAUGGGUAUUUUUGCAAGUAAACAUUUUUAUUUUAUUUAUAUUUUAAUUACUCUGGUCUCUGUCUUUUAAUAGUGGACUUUUAGUGAUAACAAUGCUGCAAAAUCAUGCUGAUGCCAAAUCUUGCUGUCCUGAAAAUUAAGUGCUUAAGCCAACCCCAGAAUCAUUACAGCAUCACAGAUAAUUACGGUACAUUAUACCGAACACUUCAUAUGCUCUGUAACUGCAAGCAAUCGGAUGUGUCAAUGCAAAUGUUCUGGUAGUAAAUAAAAUGUCUUGUGGGACAGA